AUGACUUCCUUCUCCGAGUACGCCUUCUACGGCGGUGCCAUCCAGGGCGCCAUCCCCACCGGCUGGGUUGACGGAAGCACCCUCCGCGAAGUCCCCGACCACCAAGAACUCUUCCUCUCCCCCAGCACCCUCUCCAACCUGAUCCUCGAGAUCAACCAGCGCGUCACCCAAGAGCAGGCCCUCUCCGCGCUCGACGAGCAGUCCGCCCUCCGCGGCGGCAUCCCCGCCACCCCAGAGACAAUCGACAAAGCCGCCGCAAUCUACCACCUCCGCGACCUCUGCGACGAAGAUGACCAGCUGCAGGUGGUACUUGCGCCGGCCGCCGUCUCGAUGGCGCGGAUCCCUGCGUCCCGCGCCUACAAGGGCGUCGUGCAGAUAACCUCACCGAAGCAGCAGCGCAGGGACACCAACACCAACACCAACACGGGGCGCGUCCCUGUAUCUGUAUCUGUGGGCGGGGCGGCCGCGGGCUCUAGUAUCGACGGUCCGCGGACGUCGCGUGUGACGUGCCACUAUCUGCUGGUGCGGUUGGAGGAGCAGGAGUCGGAUGUGCUGGUGUUCUAUAAUGUGCCGCAUGAGGAAUUUGAUUUGGCGGGGGAUCCGCGCGGGCUGUCGAGGGAGGAAGAGGUUGCGGCUGAGGGGAUUGAUAAGAUGGUGGAGACGUUGGAGGUGAAGGAUUGGGGGCUGUUUGCUUAG